AUCAAAAUUCAAAAAUGGAUAAUAAGAAAAAAAAGAAUAAGAAUAAAGCCAAACAAGAACAACAAUCCAAAUAAUAAUAAUAACAAUAAUAGAACUAAUUAGUACCUCAAAAUUAGCAACAUCAUCACGAUCAUAAUUGCCAUGAUCAUCAUGGUAAUGAAGAUCAUCAUCAUGACCAUAAUCAUUGUAAUCACAGUUUGCCUACUGGUGAUGCUCCUAAUAUUGAUCCAGCCAGUUUAUUAAGUGGUCUGAAUAAAGGAGAAGGAUUACUUGGUAGUUUAAGCAUGAUUCCUAAAUUGACAGAAAUGUUGAAUCAAUUAACCAAUUUCGGAGGUUAAGCCUUCAAACCUGAUGAUCCUCUCCCUGAUUUCACUAAAUUCGAUUAAACUAAAGUAACCUAAAUUUAUAUCUUUAUAGUAAACUUUGGAAGUAGCAAUUGAAGAAUUUUAGUAAACCAUUGAAAAUGUUCAAAAGAAAGAUUUCACAAAUCUAACAAAACCUGCUGUGUAAAAGUAACAAUCGCAAAAACUAACCAAAUAGCAACAACAAUAAAGAGAUAAGUAUGACUUUAUUUAUCAUUGUAGAAACAAUUCAAUUAUCAAACAAAAUAUCGAUUACCUGAAUACAUUGCAAAAGGACUUAAAGAAACUCUUACUAGAUGUAAUAAUUUCAUAAAUAUAAUAGCAAUCUAUGAGUGGAAUUGCACCAAUAUUAAAUCAAGGUAUUGAGAACUUAAAUUAAGAUAUCUAAUAUUAUUAAAAGCAAUAAGAAGUUUGA